CCUAUAAAACCCUAACCCUUCCUUUUCUCUUUUGCUCUGUCUACUAUCUUUCCUUCCAUCCAAACAAUCUCUUUCCCUUGCCAUUCAUUCAAUCAUGUCUUGCUUUAUUAGCAAAUACGCCGAUGAGCUAGUUAAAAACGCUGCCUACAUUGGCACCCCUGGAAAGGGUAUCCUUGCUGCUGAUGAAUCCACUGGCACCAUCGGCAAACGUCUUUCAAGCAUUAAUGUGGAGAACGUUGAAGAAAACAGACGUGCUCUCCGUGAGCUCCUCUUCACUACUCCCGGUGCUCUCCAGUACCUCAGUGGUGUUAUUCUCUUUGAGGAAACCCUCUACCAAAAAACUGCUGCUGGCAAGCCCUUUGUUGAUCUCUUGAAUGAAGGUGGUGUCCUCCCUGGCAUCAAGGUCGACAAGGGUACUGUUGAACUUAAUGGAACCAAUGGUGAGACUUUCACCCAGGGUCUUGAUGGCCUUGCCCAGCGAUGCACGAAGUAUUAUGAAGCCGGUGCUCGCUUUGCCAAAUGGCGUGCUGUUCUUAAGAUUGGUGCUAAUGAGCCAACUGAACUCGCUAUCCAAGAGAAUGCCAAUGGACUAGCCAUGUAUGCUGCCAUUUGCCAACAGUGUGGCCUUGUCCCUAUUGUUGAACCCGAAAUCCUUGUGGAUGGAUCACACGACAUUAAAAAGUGUGCUGAGGUGACCGAGCGUGUCCUUGCUGCUUGCUACAAGGCUCUGAAUGACCAUCAUGUCAUGCUUGAGGGCACCCUGUUGAAGCCUAACAUGGUGACCCCUGGUUCCGAGUCCCCAAAGGUUGCACCAGAAGUUAUUGCAGAGUACACUGUCCGUGCCUUGCAACGAACUGUACCGGCUGCAGUCCCAGCUAUCGUGUUCUUGUCUGGUGGUCAAAGUGAGGAGGAGGCUACCCUCAACCUUAAUGCCAUGAACAAGCUUCAAACCAAGAAGCCGUGGUCACUUUCAUUCUCAUUCGGACGUGCCCUUCAGCAGAGCACUCUUAAGGCCUGGGCUGGAAAGGAAGAGAAUCUGAAGAAGGCUCAAGAUGCUUUCCUCGUUCGGUGCAAGGCUAACUCCGAGGCCACUCUUGGUACCUAUAAGGGUGAUGCAAAGCUCGGGGAGGGUGCUGCAGAGAGCCUCCAUGUCUCGAACUACAAAUACUAAGCCUUCAGGCCCUAUGAUCUAAUGUGUCAUAUUUUGCGGUGAAAAAAUGCGGUUUAUACGAGUCUUUUAGGUCUUUUCUUGUGGGGGUGGGGGUGAAAUUGCCCAAAAUAAACCUUUGGGGGAUCAUUUGUGAUCCUUGGGUGUUUUGAUGUUUUUUUGUAAUUUUAUGUUCAAAACAGUAUUUUCUGUUCUCAUAUAAUCAGUUUUAAAACCGCGAUUUGGCACGAAAA